AGUCUCUCGCUCGAGUGAAUGUGGCGCGGCGGCGCGGGACGCAGCCUCGGCCCCUGCCGCGGCCCCGCGAGCUCGUGAGGAGACCGAACCGCCGCCUGCCCCCACCCCCUGCGCUUCCCGGGGGAGCCACCGCCGCCUUGGAAGAAGAACGAGGAGGGGAGCGAAGGGACGGCGGCGGGAAAACGGGAGAGGGAGAAGAGGGUUCGAGGGCAAGAAGGAAAGGCGGGGAGGGACAGACGGAAGAACGGACGGCCAGACGGACUGCCCGGGGAAGGGGCCGCCUUCGAGCUUGCCCGGCCCCUCGGCUCCGGCCCGGGUCGGCCGCGACGGCGGCGGCGGCGGCGCGGGCGAAGGGCGCGGCAGGCGCUAUCGAGACAAUAACCCCGCCGCCCGGCUCUGGGGGCGGCGGCGAGGAGGAGCUGGCGGCCUAGCGCGGCCGAGGCUCGCCCAGCGCCCCGGCGGCAUCUUGGUCCCCGCCGGCCGGGUUCCGCCGCCGUCGGGUGUGCGGGGCGCGCCGGACGCCCGGAGCUCCAGGCUCUCCGCGGACGCCCCCUGCCCUCCCCCUCCCCGGCGUGCGCGGAGCUGGUUUUCCGGGUUCCCGUGGACCGAGCUGGAUCCUGCUUCUGCGCCAAGGCAGGAAGUGAGUUUCGCACGGUAAUUCCGGGCGGUGUCACGAGUGAAAAGUUUUUUUUUCGGCGGAGAUCCUAGUUGGGGCUGGGAAACUCCUGUAUAACUUGAGACCAGGAAACCAGCCCGCUUCCCAGCCCCCUCCAAAGCCACCUACUCGUCCUACUGCGGGAGGCCACCCCACAUCCGCUCUCACCGGAGAGAGAAAUUCGGCUGGAUCCAAACUGACUAAUGAAGGGAAGGAAAUCAUGUCAGGCGAAGCCUUGAAAAAGCUGCCCUGAGACACUGCCCGACCGAAAGAAUGUUGGCUCAAUUAAGAAACAUCAGGGAGAUAAAUUCAGCCCAGUGUGUCUAAAAAUGACUACAAAACGAAGUUUGUUUGUGCGGUUGGUACCAUGUCGUUGUCUACGAGGGGAAGAAGAGACUGUCACUACUCUUGAUUAUUCUCAUUGCAGUUUGGAACAGGUUCCCAAAGAGAUUUUUACUUUUGAGAAAACUUUGGAGGAGCUCUAUUUAGAUGCUAAUCAAAUUGAAGAGCUUCCAAAGCAACUUUUUAACUGUCAGUCUCUACACAAACUGAGUUUGCCAGACAAUGAUUUAACAACAUUACCAGCAUCUAUUGCAAAUCUCAUUAAUCUCAGGGAACUGGAUGUCAGCAAGAAUGGAAUACAGGAGUUUCCAGAAAAUAUAAAAAAUUGUAAAGUUUUGACAGUCGUGGAGGCCAGUGUAAACCCUAUUUCCAAGCUUCCUGAUGGAUUUUCGCAGCUUUUAAACCUAACCCAGUUAUAUCUAAAUGAUGCUUUCCUUGAGUUCUUGCCAGCUAAUUUUGGCAGAUUAACUAAACUCCAGAUAUUAGAACUUAGAGAAAACCAGUUGAAAAUGUUGCCAAAAACCAUGAAUAGACUGACCCAACUGGAAAGAUUGGAUUUGGGAAGUAAUGAAUUCACAGAAGUGCCUGAAGUACUUGAGCAACUAAGUGGAUUGAAAGAAUUUUGGAUGGAUGGUAAUCGACUGACUUUUAUUCCAGGGUUUAUUGGUAGUUUGAAACAGCUCACAUACUUGGAUGUUUCCAAAAAUAAUAUUGAAAUGAUUGAAGAAGGAAUUUCAGCUUGUGAAAACCUUCAAGACCUCCUGUUAUCAAGCAAUUCACUUCAACAACUGCCUGAGACUAUUGGUUCAUUGAAGAAUGUAACAACUCUUAAAAUAGAUGAAAAUCAAUUAAUGUACCUGCCAGACUCUAUAGGAGGGUUAGUAUCAAUAGAAGAACUGGACUGUAGCUUCAAUGAAGUUGAGGCUUUGCCUUCAUCUAUUGGGCAGCUUACUAAUAUAAGAACCUUUGCUGCAGAUCAUAAUUAUUUACAACAGUUACCCCCAGAGAUUGGAAGCUGGAAAAAUAUAACUGUGCUAUUUCUCCAUUCCAAUAAACUUGAGACACUUCCAGAGGAAAUGGGUGAUAUGCAAAAAUUAAAAGUCAUCAAUUUAAGUGACAAUAGAUUAAAGAAUUUGCCCUUUAGCUUUACAAAGCUACAACAAUUGACUGCUAUGUGGCUCUCAGAUAAUCAGUCCAAACCCCUGAUACCUCUUCAAAAAGAGACUGAUUCAGAGACCCAGAAAAUGGUGCUUACUAACUACAUGUUCCCUCAGCAGCCAAGGACUGAGGAUGUUAUGUUCAUAUCAGAUAAUGAAAGUUUUAAUCCUUCACUGUGGGAGGAACAGAGGAAACAGCGGGCUCAAGUAGCAUUUGAUUGUGAUGAAGACAAAGAUGAAAGGGAGGCACCUCCCAGGGAGGGAAAUUUAAAGAGAUAUCCAACACCAUACCCAGAUGAGCUUAAGAAUAUGGUCAAAACUGUUCAAACCAUUGUACAUAGAUUAAAAGAUGAAGAGACUUGUGAAGAUUCUGGAAAAGAUCUGAAACCACAUGAAGAUCAGCAAGUUGUAAAUAAUGAUGUAGGUGUGAAGACUUCAGAAAGUACCACUCCAAUAAGAAUCAAAGCUGAUGAAAGAGAAAAGUAUAUGAUAGGAAACUCUUCACAGAAGACCAGUGAAUCUGAAGCUGAGAUGAGUCCUGGGAGUCUACCAGUGACUACAAAUAUGAAAGCCUCUGAGAACUUGAAACAUAUUGUUAAUCACGACGAUGUUUUUGAGGAAUCUGAAGAACUUUCUUCUGAUGAAGAGAUGAAAAUGGCAGAGAUGCGACCACCAUUAAUUGAAAGCUCUAUUAACCAGCCAAAAGUGGUAGCUCUUAGUAAUAACAAAAAAGAUGAUACAAAGGAUGCAGAUUCUUUAUCAGAUGAAGUUACACACAAUAGCAAUCAGAAUAACAGCAACUGUUCUUCUCCAUCUCGGAUGUCUGAUUCAGUUUCUCUUAAUACAGAUAGUAGUCAAGAUACCUCACUCUGCUCUCCAAUGAAACAAACUCAUAUUGGUAUUAAUUCCAAAAUCAGGCAAGAAGAUGAAAAUUUUAACAGUCUUUUACAAAAUGGAGAUAUUUUAAAUCAUUCAAUGGAAGAAAAAUUCCAGGUUCAUGAUGAAAAAGAUUUUAACUUACCUGAAUAUGAUUUGAAUAUUGAAGAGCAAUUGGUUCUUAUUGAGAAAGGUGUUGACUCAACAGCCACAUCUGAUGAAUCUCACAAAUUAGACCAUAUCAAUAUGAAUCUUAAUAAACUUGUAACUAAUGAUACAUUUCAACCAGAGAUAGUGGAAAGAUCAAAGACACAGGAUAUAGUGCUUGGAAUGGACUUUUUAAGCAUUAAUGCUAAAGGAGAAGCUGAGCCCUUGGAAAAUGGAAAUAAGUAUCCUAAUCUAGAAUGUGUAGAUAAGGUAAAUGGACAUUCUGAGGAAACUCCACAGUCUCCUGGGAGGACUGAACCGCAUGACACUGAUUCUUCUGUUGAUAUGGGUAUUUCCAAAAGCACAGAAGAUCUCUCUCCUCAGAGAAGUGGGCCAAUUGGAUCUGUUGUGAAAUCUCAUAGUAUAACUAAUAUGGAGACUGGAGGGUUAAAAAUCUAUGACAUUCUUAGUGAUAAUGGACCACAGCAGCCAAAUGCAACAAUUACAGUAACAUCUACUGUUGAUGGAAAAAAUAUUGUCAGGAGCAAGUCUGCUACACUUUUGUAUGAUCAACCAUUGCAAGUAUUUACUGGUUCUUCUUCAUCUUCUGAUUUAAUAUCAGGUACAAAGGCAGUUUUCAAGUUUGAUUCAAAUCAUAAUCCUGAAGAGCCAAAUAUAAUAAGAGGCCCUACAGUAAGUGGCCCCCAAUCUACGCCUCAGAUAUAUGGUCCUCCACAAUAUAACAUCCAGUACAGUAGCAGUGCUGCCGUCAAGGACACUCUGUGGCAUGCCAAACAGAAUCCCCAAAUAGAUCAUGUCGGUUUUCCUCCUCAGCGGCUUCCUAGAUCCGAGAGCACAGAAAGUCACAGUUAUGCGAAACAUUCUGCCAAUAUGAAUUUCUCUAACCAUAACAAUGUUCGAGCUAAUACUGGAUACCAUUUACAUCAGAGACCUGGCCCAGGAAGACAUGGGGAAAUGUGGGCCAUCUCACCAAAUGACCGACUCAUUCCUGGAGCAACUCGAACUACGAUUCAGCGACAAAGUAGUGUGUCCUCUACAGCUUCGGUAAAUCUUGGUGAAUCAGGUCCCACGAGGCGGGCCCAGAUUCCUGAAGGAGAUUAUUUAUCCUACAGAGAGUUACAUUCAGCGGGAAGAACUCCAUUGAUGUCAGGGUCACAGAGACCUCUUUCUGCACGAACAUACAGCAUCGAUGGUCCAAAUGCAUCAAGGCCUCAGAGUGCCCGACCCUCCAUUAGUGAAAUACCAGAGAGAACUAUGUCUGUUAGUGAUUUUAAUUAUUCACGGACUAGUCCUUCAAAGAGACCAAAUGCAAGGGUUGGUUCUGAGCAUUCUUUAUUAGAUCCUCCAGGAAAAAGUAAAGUUCCUCAUGAUUGGCGAGAACAAGUACUACGGCACAUUGAGGCCAAAAAGUUAGAAAAGAGCAUGCUGUCAAGGUCCUUUAAUUCCAAUUUUACUGCUGUAAGCAACUUUCACUAUGGCAGCUCUAGGGAUCUGCAUGGCAGCCAAGGCAGCCUUGCCUUGAGUGUUGCAGACGGAAGAGGUUCUGGUGGGCACAUUUUUCGACAUCCCCAGACAUCCUGUCCAGGAGAUCCUUGUCAAGAUGAUAUAUUCAUUUCAGGACAGCCGAACUACUCGUCAGCUACACUUAGUCACAAAGAUGUUCCUCCAGACAGCUUGAUGAAAAUGCCUUUGAUUAAUGGACAGAUGGGCCAGCCUCUCAGGCCUCAGGCAAAUUAUAGUCAAAUACAUCACCCCCUUCCUCAGGCUUCUGUGGCAAGGCAUCCCUCUAGAGAACAACUAAUUGAUUACUUGAUGCUGAAGGUGGCCCACCAGCCUCCAUAUACACAGCCCCAUUGUCCUCCUAGACAAGGCCAUGAACUGGCAAGGCAAGAGAUGCGAGUGAGAGUUGAAAAGGAUCCAGAACUUGGAUUUAGCAUAUCAGGAGGUGUUGGGGGCAGAGGAAAUCCAUUCAGACCUGAAGACGAUGGUAUAUUUGUAACAAGGGUACAGCCUGAAGGACCAGCAUCAAAAUUAUUACAACCAGGUGAUAAAAUUAUUCAGGCUAAUGGCUACAGUUUUAUCAAUAUUGAACAUGGACAAGCAGUGUCCUUGCUAAAAACUUUCCAGAACACAGUAGAACUCAUCAUUGUACGAGAGGUUUCCUCUUAAGAAUUGUGGACAAAAAAAGGGGGAAGGCAGCAAGAUUUAUUGGAAGAUAUUUGCAGGGGAAAUUAAUAUUUUGACUAUUUUUAUAUGUAAAGAUGAACUCAAAAAAUUAUGUUCAAAUUUGUACAUUAAUGAAAUAAUGGAACUUGUGGUUAGAGGGAAAGAACCACUGUACAGUAUAUAGGGGAGACUGUUGAAUUCAUACCAUAUAAAAGUUCUUGUUAGGUUUUUAAACAUAGCAAUCAAGGCUGCAAAAACAAACAUAUGUUGUUUUUGUAUAGAUUGUAGGUUUAUUUUUGGAUUUCAUACACAUGACUGAACUCUGUGCAAGGCUCUAGUUAGCCUUGAUUGUAGCCCAGAGACAGAUGGCAGAGCUUUCUGUCUCAUAGCUUUUGUGCCCUUAUUUUUAUUCAACUCGUAUUAAUGUUUUUCUGCUGAAACUACUUUUUUUUAAUGUGGGCAAGAGAUUUGAAGUGUUGGUUUUUGCUAUGUGCAUAUUGAAUUGAAGAGUGAGUAGGUGAAGGUGGUGCUGGUGGGUUCACUUUCCAAGGCCAGAUUAAAACAGUUAAUUCCUAUAAAAAUCUGGAAGCAAAGAUUGAAAAAACAGCUGUUAAAUGUUUUUAUUAAUAAAAUAAUGCAAUAAAAAUGUAAUGUCUUUUUAAAGAAAUAAAGACGAUAAUUGCAUUUUAUGAGCUCUACAGGAUCUGUUCUUGUCAUAGCCAUUGACAGUACAUUUGCUACUGGUGAUUCAAUUUUUAAUUUUUUAGUCACAGGAAAUUUUUAACUCUUCUGUAGAUGCAUGUCCAUGCAUUUUUUUGUGAUAUGGAAAUCUCUUGAUUUUUUGCAAAUGGUGGUCCUUGCAAUCUGUUUUAUAAUUAGUAUUCCAUUUUAAUCUUAAUUUAUAAUUUUUAUUUUAAGCAGCAAAUGAAACUAAAAUGGCCAGUUUUAAAAGAUUGUGUUGCUGUAACACAAAGUGUAAGCAGAUUUAGGAAAGCCUCUUGAUUUUGUUUGGCCUCACAUUGCCUUGGUAAAGUAAAAGGAAAUGUAGUACGCAUGGAGCUAGGAAACCAAAGCAAGUUUGUGAAAUUGGCACAGUGAUAGAGAAUUGCUGUGGAGAGUUGUAGAGCAAAGGGAUGGGUCCUUGAGGCCUACCAGUGUGUCAAGGUAUUCAAAUAAAGGGCUGUUCCUACAGGUAACAUUAAAUGUGAACUCGACACUUCAGAGUCUUUAAAGGGUUUCUAAGUGUAUCAGUGUAAUAGAAUAGUGUUUUACCACCAAGCUGCCUUUGUUCCUUGUUAGUGUAACAAAUAUUUCAUAGAUGUUUAUUAAUUUGUUCAUCCAAACCAUUAAUUUUGUUUCUAUUCUGUCGUUGUAAUUCAAUAAAAUUUGAGUAACAUGCAGUGGUAAGAAUUAAUGCAUGGUUAUUUGGACCAGAAAAAAGUGCCACAGAAGACCAAUAACUGUUUUUAGUUGAGGCUAGUCUGGAGCCUUUCAUUAGAGCAAUAUUCAGUUAUUGCAAUUCAUUUUUAAUUACUAAGAAAUAUAAUUUUGGAAUUUUUAAUCUGUUACGCUUUGUUCUUCAACCUUGUUUUAAUUAAGACUUUUAUAGGACUAGCAAAAACAGCAAGUUACAUUAUUUUUGCGAAAGGAGUUGAACUCGUUCCUUUCUUGCUAGUCAGAGUAAAUAGGCAGUAAUUUUCAAAAGAUGUGAACUCAAAUAUUGCACUUCUUUCAAGAUGUUAUCAUUUGGUUAUUGUACUGUAUAGUUUUAAUAAUAUUGAUUGAAACCCUUUAACAACUCUUUGUAAAUUUUAACUCAUUUUAGUUGUUUUUCAGUACUAUUUACAUAGGAAUUGAUUUUUAUGGAUAUAGUAGAAGAAAUGUGAUGUAUUUUGAUAAAAUUCAUUUACUGUAUGUGUGUUGUAAUCUCUAAAAAAAAAACAAUGACAAACAGCUUCUUAAGACAAGCCUCGGUGUUCCCUUUAUUCAUAGUUUAUUUUAAAAUACUAAUUUUGGCACAUCCUUUUUUUAUUUCAGUCAAUUUUUCAGUCACAUUCUACUUUUAAUAAGGAAUACAUAAAAUAGAUAUAAUUGUGACAUUUUCAACUACUUUAUCUUGCAUCAGAUACACAGAUAAUUUUGGAAAAGGAAAAUAGCCACAAAAAAAGAUUGAUUAGUGAUCAAACCUUAAGUUAAUUGUCUGCAUAUUAUAUUGAUAUAUUACAAGUACAGCAAGUAUUACAUGCACUAGUAUUUUAUUCUCCUCUAGUUAGUUAAAAAAAAUUUUUUAAUGUUCUUUUAACACAUAUAGUUGAGUAAGAAAGUUAGUUACCAAGGAAGAGUAAUGUGAUUAUAUAACAAAAAAUUAAUAGCAAAACAGUUUUGCACUUAAAUAGCCAUAAUUUUCUUCUAAAAUAUUGGGAAAUUAAAAUGAAGUAAGAACUCUUUGUCAG